GCUACGCUCCGAGUCGUCAGAUGACUGGUCACGUGACCAAAAUAAACCAGGAGCAUGCGCGGUUUACGUGUGGUGCGACACGCUUUACAAGUACAAGUAGCUAAGCUAACCAAGCUGCGUUUGUGUAUACUGUAUAUCACCGAUGUAUCGAAUAAUGACAAUUACGUGGGGAUUAUGUUAAUAAGUAUAUUUUAAACGCUGAUAAUACAAAUAUAAGUACUUAACAUUUGGAGAGAAAAGCUCGUCUGAGUGAGAGUGUUAUCGAGCUAAUGUCAAGAUAAAACACACUAACAGGUGCUGGUUCGUUUAAAAGCAAGUUGUAGUCUGACAGUAUCCUUACCAGAAUACGAGUUUCAACAUGGGACGAAAGAAACAGGGCAAGUUUGUUCGUUCUGACAAUAAGGGCAAAGACAAAAGGCACAAAAUGAAGGGGAAAUCUUUAGAAGCUUUUACAGAGGAAAUGCACUCCGCCUUUGAAGCAAGUCUUCAGUCAGGAGAAGGAGCUGAGGCCCCACUGGUCAAACUGCCGUGUCCACUUGCCAUGUGGGAGCUGGGUCACUGUGAUCCUAAACGCUGCACAGGCAGAAAAUUGGUGCGGAAGGGCUUUGUACGCAAUCUGCGUCUCAACCAGAGAUUUAAUGGUCUCAUACUGAGUCCGAUGGGGACUAAGUAUGUGACACCUGCAGACAGGGAAAUAGUGGCUCAGAAUGGCCUAGCGGUGAUCGACUGUUCAUGGGCCAAACUGGAGGAGACGCCCUUCAGCAAGAUGGUGGGAAGUCAUCCCAGGUUACUGCCGUACCUCGUAGCUGCAAACCCUGUCAACUAUGGCAAGCCUUGCAAGUUAUCUUGCGUUGAGGCAUUUGCUGCCACAUUCUGCAUUGUUGGUUUUGAAGAACUGGCACUGCUCCUGCUAAGGAAAUUCAAAUGGGGGACGGUGUUCUUAGAGCUCAAUAAAAUUCUGCUGGACCGGUACGCUGCCUGUCAGUCAGAGGAAGAGCUGCUGUCUGUGGAGAAGGACUUUCUCACGCUUAAACCUGAAGAGGAGGAGUUUGAUCCAUUUGAUGUUAACUCUGGAGUAGAAUGUAUUAAUAUCAACAGACGCCACUGUACACCUGAAGACGAUGAUACUAGUGAGGAAUCAGACACUUCUGAAGAUGACGACAGCAAAGCAGAAGAUGAAAACACAGAUAUGGGCAAAGAGUCAAUCGGAGACUCACGUGAAGAAGAAGAUGAAAAGGGGGACUGAAUAACAGGAGCCUAUGAUGAACAAUGGAUAGUUUUAUGUGGAUGUCUUUGAUGGAAAGAUUAGCAAAAGUCAUUUCACCCUUAAUACAGAAAGAUUCAUGUUUCCAUGGAAGUCAUACUGUGCAGAGUUAAUUUUUUCUUGAGUAUAUAUUUGCACCCUUAAUUUGUUUGUAAGUUAAUUAAGAAUUGCAAACCACUCAAUCAAAAAUAUAAAUAAUUUGGAAAA